UAUAUCUGACCCACAAAGAGAAACAGAGCGGCCGAAAAGAGAAAAAGUAAUCAUUAAAUAAUGUAAAAAAAAAAAAGAAAAGAAAGAAAGCUAUCAUUCCUUUUUUUAAUAGCAUCUCCCCCCAUUUCGAUUCUCGUGUCCUAGAAAGCGACUUCACCAUUGGAGGAAGCCACAGGUGCCUCACGUGACGUCACAGAUAACGGAACCGAGGGAGAAUGGAAACAUGGUUUAGUUCUACAAACCUUACGGAUUAUUGCUGUGUUCGAACAUCUUAUCUAUCGGAGUUAACAGAAGUGGAAUUGCUUAGUGUGUGGCCUUAUAGGAUCGCCGGCUUUUGGGGAACAUUCAGCACAGCAACGAAGAGGAUUCAAUUUAUUUCCAAAUUCAGCUGCGAAUGUAACCCACCUGCCGACUGUCGAAGCCGACUCGGUGUGUUGUCCUGAGUUUGCCUCAUAAGCUGAAGCCGCUAUUUCCGCCGCCUGCUGAAAUACGUUUUUGUGGUUCUUCAUUUUUUGCGCAACUGGCGGCUCUCUGUCCUGAAUGAGUUACGGAUUCCCACCUAUCGUCGAAAGAUUAGGGAUAACAAAAACGAAUACCAUAUCUUUUGUGUCCUGAUCAGCGGCUAGGAGAUUUUGGAAAUAAUCAAGUCUAGUAACGUUUCAUGAAACCUUGCAAUGUGGGCUUUGCGCCCCACUUAUUAUGACAACAAUGAUAUGCCCAUUGAUUUGCGCAAGAAAGUUGUACUUCAGAGAGACUUAGAAGAGCAAAAGGAAUCCCGCAGGACGGAAAAUGCCUAUGCCCCGAAACAAAAUUCUGCAAACAAUUAUCAUGAGAGAUGGCAACAGCCAACAGUGUUGCCAGUGGGCAAUCUCUAUCCUUUCAUGUCCGAGAGGUAUGGUGUAAGAUGCUCACUAGUCAAUUCCGAAGAGAACAAAGAAAAGCCCCAUGAACUUAGAUCUGGAAGCCGUGGAACUCUCGAAACAGCCAUACGGAAGCUGCAUCAUAAUAAAUUCAAACAAGCAGUUGAUAAUCCAAGAGAAGAACGAUGCAGAUCUACCGGUGCACUGGACAACCAAGAAAAGAACAAGAGACUUCGCAGAUCAAAUAGUUGUCCGGACCUGGCUAAUUUUAAAUUGAAAACACCUCAAAGCCAGUAUGUGCUUGAUUAUACCGAGAGGACUGUUUCUUCAGAACAGAAGAUUAAUUCAGUAAACAAUAUACAUCAGAUACAUGACAUUCAUGUCAAUACACCAAUAAUUGGUGGUGCUAAAAAGAGAAAAUCAUUUGUACCUAUUUAUGGUGAUAGUAGAGAACCUUCACCAAAAAAACUGCCAAAAUCACCCACUGAGCACUCACCUUAUGAAGAAUAUUCGUCUCAUACAGAGGUUCUGCUGAGGAGACAGUUACAACAACAGAGUACUCCACCAUAUCUAUUGCAUGUAUACGACUACUAUCAGCAGCUAGUUCAGCGACUUCGUGAGCAUUCUUCUACAGCUGUUCAUUUACAUCCACCAAUCUCACCAACUCCAGCUGAUGAUGAUUUGCCUUCUGAUGCUCAAAGGAAAAGACCAUGCCGUGCCUUAACAGGAAAGCAUGUAAGGCAGGGUACAGGGGCCAGCAUUUCUACACUUCUUACUUUACGGCAAAAAAUUCAAGAGAGACAAAAAGCCAAAGAACAUCAACCAAGAAAUGUUCUCAAUGGCACUAAUAAAAACAUAUGUGCAAAAAAGAAUAACCCCAAAAAACCAAAACAAAAUGUUAAAAGCACGUUAAACAAAAUUCAAAACUGUUAAGAUGUUACUUUUUUAUUGUGUUUGAAAUCAUAAUUUGUUGACGAUGCCAAUUACAUUCUAACACUCUGAAUCUUUCUAGGGUCCUUCAAAAAAAAAAAAAAAAAAAAAAAAAAAAAAAAAUCAUUUUGUGGACUAUUAUAGGAAAACUAGUGAUAAUGUAAUGAAAUAAAGUUAUUUCAUGCUUUCAUACAUGGUUAAUUAUGUAUGAAAAACCACCUUAUGCUUCAAGAUGUAAAUAAGCAUCCAAAAUAUAAGUGUUCUUUCGCAUACCAGCUGCAGCAUAAAAGUCUACAAAAUGAUAUUUUAAAUGUUAAUAUUAACCAUGAAAACUUCAUGAUUGAAAAUUUGAAUUGUGUUGUCUUAACACUGUGAGUGGCAUGGCUUUUUGAAUCUGCUCAUGAAGACCAAACAACAUGUAUUAGCUAAAUUUUUAUAAUUACUUAUUUAUCUGUUUCACAAACUUCCAUUCUUACAUCAUUAAAGGAAGCAAGGGAAAAAAUGUAUAUAAUUAUAAGCUAAUAAAGUGAAAAAAAAUCUCAUGCCACUCAGGGGUUAAUUUAGAUAUAAGCUAUUGUAAUAGUUAAAAAUUCUUUUAAAAAAUACUUCAGAGAAGCAGUACAAGUGACAGUUCUAUAAUAUAUAUCUAUAUUUUAGUUUUGUCACAUGACAUUAAAGUGAUUAUACUUUUUAGAUUUGUUGGACAUACAUACAAGAAGAUAUUUUAAAUAUUAGCAUGUAAAUUUUUAACAUGAAAAUUAAUAUGAAGCUAUUGUCUGCAAAUGUUUUUAGAUUCUUAAAUUAUUUCUCUGCGUUUAAAAAAAUUAAUUAAAUGUUUUUAUUUGAAUUUUUACGCUGCAAUUGCAAAAAUUUUUUUGAGUGUAAUUAAAGAAAACUUAUUCAGUUUUUUUCAGAACAUGUAUUGAAACACAAUCCAAAACUUUCAAAACAUUGGAGUUUUCUGAAGUGAUCAUAGAUAUUAAUAAGCUUAAAUAAAAUAUGUUAACUCUCCUGUUAUUUUAAAUAGUUUACUAUUCAUGUCUGUUUAUUUUCAUAAUGAAAUCAAUGUAUAUUUACUUUUUUGGUUUUUGCUUCUUUCAUUGUUUAAUCUUAAUAUGUCAGUGUUAAAAUUUUUAAAUGACCAAAUUUGUAAACCCUAUUUUUAUUCUUAAUAUUUUAGCUGUAAAUUUCCUCCCAAUUUGAAGAUAUUUUCUAAAGAUAUGUCCCAAAGGAUUUAAGAUAUUUUCAACACUUAAUCCUCUGAGCAGCAGCAUUUUUCUUUAGGGCCACUCAUGAUGUUACUUAACUUUCAAUAUGUUUAUAUAAUAAUUCACUUUACUCUUUAUUUUAAUAACUUAUAAAUCAUUAAAGGAAUAAAAUAUUUAAAAGAAAAAUAUAUCCUACAAUAAAAAUUAUUGUGAUCAGAUAAAAGCAAUUACACUGCUCAAGAGGUUAAAUUAAUAACAUAAAUAAUAAUAAUAUGCAGUAUGUAAGGUGUUCCAUAAGCCAUUCAUCAUGGGAUAAUCAGCAGGUUUCCAAGACAUUGUCUAGGUUGUCAGAAGAGUGUUAAGUGAUGUACCUUUUAUAACCUGACUUGGUAAUAUGUUAUUUUUCCCUUAUAUAUAUAAUUGUUAGUUUAUGCUGAGAAGAUUAUUUGUCUGCAAUAUCUGAAAGAAAGGAUCCAUCAUGUGUGUGAUCAGGUUGAUCCUUAAUAAGGAAUACACUUUUGAAAUGGCACCACCAUUUGGAUCAGUGUUUAAAAGCAAGGCGAACAAUUUUCAAGAUAUUCUAUAUUCCCAAUGAUGCUGGACUUAUGAAACAUACUGAAUUUUAAAUCUGUUUAUAAACUAUAGUAUUUGUACUAUUUUUAUGAUAAAAGUUAAUGAGCUUCAAAAUUUUUUUAAUUCAGAAAAAUCAUAUUGUGUACAUUGAGAUUAUUUUAAAUUGUUGUUUUUAUGCUUAGAACAAGUAAGCAUUCAGUCUAAGUUAGAUCCUAAGAAUGAAUUGCAUGUAAUAAUUUUAAUAGGAAAAUGAUAUUCAGCCAGAAUAUAUCUAUUAUGCAAAUUCCAAAUAUAUUGCUUAUUGCUGUACCUCAUAUUUCAGUACUGUGUUAUGAAAAUCAGCUGCAGAUCACCCAUCAAUCCAAAUAUGGAAUUGUCUUUGUAAAAGCAGAGAAGAUUAUAUUAACAACUGUGCUCUAUUUAUUCAAACUUAUGUUUUCAAAUGCACUCUGGUCCCAAAACCUUGGCAUGGAACUUUUUAAAUGAGAACAUGUAAAAUCAUGAAGUGGGAGAUUUUACAAAAAACUUUUUUAUGAAAUUAUGGAAUAAAAUCAGAUGCCAGUUUAAACUUUUAUAUUUCAGAAAAGAUACUGAAAAGAUUUUGUACUUUUGUAUUUUUGCUAUGGUCACAUUUUGUGCAUUUAUAUAUAUGGCAGGAAAAAAUGUCUUCCUGAUUCAUUAUGUUGUACUGUGAAUUUUCAAAUGUAAUAUUUAUUUUUUUAAGGAAGAACAAAUAUUUUCAUAUCUAUUUAUUGAUCAUUUGGAAACCAAUGGCUUUUCAGACUGUUGCUUAAGACAUUUACAGCAAAAAGAAUUUUUCUGUCUAUAAACUGAUUGCAAAUGUGAAACAGUCUGAGUUGAUAUGGCCAUUUUAUUUAUAGUAUUCAUAUUGUGAUUUUACCUCAUGCACUCUGAAAUCAUUCCAGCAUCAAGCUAUUUAUAUCACUGCAUUUAUAAAAUAUAACAUUCCUGCUUAUAAGUAAAUAAACAUACCAUACAUACAUA